CUGUUCUCUGCUCUCUCCUGCAACGACAUUCCAAAUUCUUCUAUUCUCUGUAAAUUCUUAAAUUCUUUCUCCUUACCCAAGAACUGAAGACGACGACGAAGAAGAAGAAGAAAAGAAGAAAUAGAUUUGCUGGAUCAUGUCAGAAGAAGACACCGAUACGCACUGGUUGUUGUUGAUUUUGUUCUUGAUACUGAUCGCAGGUCAGAUAGUAGCCGCAAGAACUUCACAGAGCGACAAAGAAGUUUUGCUGGAACUGAAGACAUUCCUUCAAGAUAAUAAUCCAUUCAACAGAGGUCGAUACACGGAAUGGAACAACAAUUCUUCCCCUUGCUAUUGGCCUGGAAUCUCUUGCAGUGCCAAUGAACGGGUCACCGGAAUUAAUCUUUCCGAUUACAACAUCUCAGGCAAGAUGUUUGGAAAUUUCUCUCUUAUUACUGAACUUUCAGAAUUGGAUCUCUCCAUGAACACGAUUGAUGGGCCUAUACCUGAUGAUUUUAAUCGAUGCAAGAACCUCAAGUAUCUCAAUCUCUCUCACAAUAUCCUCGAAGGAGAACUCAAUCUUACUGGAUUAAUCAACCUAGCAACGCUCGACCUCACUGUUAAUCGAUUCUACGGUGAAAUUCGAUUGAAUUUCCCCGCUCUCUGCAACAAUUUGGUAACUCUGAAUAUAUCGUCAAACAAUUUCACCGGCACAAUUGAUGAUUGCUUCGAUGAAUGCUGGAAGUUGCAAUAUCUUGACCUCAGUGCCAACAAUUUCAGUGGUCAGAUAUGGUCCGGGUUUCAGAGGCUGCAAGAAUUUUCGGUGGCGGAGAACAAACUAGUCGGAGAAAUCUCUCCGUCCUUCUUCACUAAUAAUUGCAGUCUGGAGCUUCUCGAUUUGUCGGAAAACCACUUCCACGGAUCGAUUCCAAAAGAGGUUUCCAAUUGCAAAAGUUUGUAUUUUCUGAACCUGGCGGAUAACAAUUUAACUGGUCCUACUCCUUCGGAGAUUGGGACGCUACCUAAUCUUGUAACCCUGUUAUUAGGGAAGAACAGGUUAUCAAGAGAAAUUCCAGAAUCAUUGCUGAACUUGACUCAGUUAGCAUUUCUGGAUUACAGUUGGAACAGUUUUGGGGGAGAAAUUCAGGAAAUCUUCGGGAAGUUCCAACAGUUGCAGUAUCUUGUUUUGCAUGGGAAUUACUAUACAGGAGGAUUAACUACUUCAGGGAUCCUAAAAUUGCCGAAUCUCCUUCGAUUAGACCUGAGCAUCAACAACUUCACCGGUCCAUUACCAGUUGAACUCUCUGAAAUGCCGCGUUUGAAGUACUUGUUCCUCGCCUACAAUCAAUUCAAUGGUGGCAUUCCACCAGAAUUUGGGAACUUCUCUGCCAUCCAAGCACUUGAUGUUUCCUCCAAUAGACUGACCGGAAAUAUACCUCCGACGAUUGGAAAGCUGAAUUCUCUGUUAUGGUUAAUGCUUGCAAAUAAUUUUCUUACAGGGGAGAUACCUCAUGAGAUUGGGAACUGCAACAGCCUAUUAUGGUUAAACCUCGCAAACAAUAGUUUAUCAGGGACAAUCCCUGCUGAGAUAUCGAAUAUUGCCCAUAAUCCUACUCCAACAUUUGAGUCUAAUCGCAAUGGCAUCCGAAUCCCCGCCGGUUCUGGCGAGUGCAUGACAAUGAAACGGUGGAUACCGGCGAACUACCCACCUUUCAAUUUUGUGUAUUCUCUGCUUACUAGGAAGAGUUGCAGGAGUCUAUGGGAUUUGUUACUCAAAGGGUAUGCAAUCUUCCCAAUCUGUGCCCCUGGUUCAAUGGUCAGAACUCUACAAAUCACGGGUUAUCUCCAACUCACCGGAAACCAGUUUUCCGGGAAUCUACCCCCAGAAAUCGGCAAUUUGCAUAAUUUUACUCUCGUUCAUGUUGGAUUCAACAAUUUUUCCGGAGAGCUCCCACCUGAGAUUGCAAUUAUGCCGCUCAUGGUCCUAGAUGUCUCUUACAAUGGGUUCUCGGGAAAAAUCCCUUCAGAACUCGGGAACGCCAAGUGUUUGCAGAACCUGGAUUUGUCCCACAACAAUUUCUCCGGCGAUUUUCCUGCAAGCUUGAACAAUUUGAAUGAACUGAGCAAAUUUAAUGUCUCCUACAAUCCACUCAUAACCGGUGUAGUUCCAUCUACUGGACAAUUGACCACGUUUGAAGAAGAUUCAUUCCUUGGAGAUCCUCUGUUACAUCUUCCGAAUUUCAUGAACCACAGCCAUUGCAAUGGAAGUUCCUUAUCACCAUCCAAAAGGAAACCCAAACAAUUUUGGAAGAAACCAAGGAUGGCCGCUUUUCUGGUGUUCUUAGCUCUCACCUCGAGUUUCCUCAUAGGUGGAGUUCUGUCUCUCAUCUUCUGCAUCGUUUUCAAGACUCCAGCAGACCAAUCCUUGAGGUCUCUGUCAGAGGACUCAAAGGAAUGCCACAAUAGGGUCAUUAGCUCCGGCAGAUUAUCAUUAUCAGAAAUAACAGAUUACAUGAAGGUCAUCCACUUGGACAAGACGGCAUUCACUUACGCCGAUGUCAAGUUGGCCACGGGAAACUUCUCUGUUGAUAGAAUCAUCGGCACCGGAGGAUUCGGCACUGUUUACCGUGGCGUAUUGCCCGAUGGUAGAGACGUAGCAGUGAAGAAGUUGCAGAGAGAAGGGUUUGAAGGGGAGAAAGAGUUCAAGUCUGAAAUGGAGGUUUUGAGUUGCAGCGACAUCGGGUGGCCGCACCCGAAUCUCGUUACGCUUUACGGCUGGUGUCUUCAUGGGAAGGAGAAGCUACUGGUGUACGAGUACAUGGAAGGCGGGACCUUGGAGGACCUAUUGCCAGAUCGGUUGAGGCUGACGUGGCAGAUGCGAUUGGACGUAGCUACCGAUGUGGCACGGGCGUUGGUUUACCUACACCACGAGUGCUUCCCUGCUAUCGUGCACAGGGAUGUGAAAGCUAGCAAUGUGUUGCUGGACAAGGGAGGAGGAGCACGUGUGACAGAUUUUGGGUUGGCUAGGGUGGUGGAUGCCGGUGAGAGCCAUGUCAGCACGAUGGUUGCAGGGACAGUUGGGUAUGUAGCGCCAGAGUAUGGGCAGACAUGGCACGCCACAACAAAAGGUGACGUGUAUAGCUUUGGGGUGUUGGCAAUGGAGUUGGCGACAGGGAGGAGGGCACUUGAUGGAGGGGAGGAGUGUUUAGUAGAGUGGGCUAGAAGGGUUAUUGGGGAUGGAAGGCAUAGGCAUGGGUUAGGCUGGGCAGUGGUUCCAGUGGUAGUUUUGGGCCCUGGGUUUGCUGAGGGGGCAGAAAAGAUGUGUGAAUUGCUACGCGUUGGCUUGCGGUGCACUGCAGAGGUUCCACAGGCUAGACCAAAUAUGAAAGAGGUUUUUGGAAUGUUGGUGAAGAUUGCCAAAAAAGAAGAUAAUUAUGGUAAUGAAUCUGCUACACCAUCCCAAAUUGUGCCGGUGGAGACCUUGAAGUUGUCUAUAGAUUCGCGAUGAAUUAAAUUUUUACUUAAUUUACUUUAAUUUCUUUUUCUCUUACAAAUAGAAAUACAAAAUUGUUCUGUCAUAAAGGAAUUAAAAAUAUUCCGUUCAAAAAAAAGAAGAAAAAACACACAA